AAAGAGAUUCUCCCAGAAUCGAGCGGCAAGCUCGACCCCCCACCUUGGAACAAGUCAAUUAAGUUCGUCAAAAUCGAAUCUUGACUUGGGAGAGGAGAAGAAGAAGAAGAAGAAGAAGAAGAAUGGUGAAGCGCACCGCAGCGAGAGCCGCCGGUCUCACGGCGCACGAGGACGCGGGAGCGACGAGGAAGGGCCUGAAGUUCAGGGGGGUGAGGAGGAGGGCGUGGGGCAAGUGGGUCUCCGAGAUCCGCCUCCCCAACAGCCGCCGGAGGAUCUGGCUCGGCUCCUACGACUCCGCCGAGAAGGCCGCCCGCGCCUUCGACGCCGCACUCUUCUGCCUCCGCGGCCGCGCCGCGAAGUUCAACUUCCCCGACAGCCCCCCGGAGAUCGCCGGCGGGGGGUCCUUCACGCCCCCGGAGAUCCGGGAGUCCGCGGCCAGGUUCGCCAACUCGGGAGCCACGCCGGCCCCGCCUGAGCUGUCGUCCGGAUCCGUGUCGCCGGCCCCGUCGCCUUCGCUGUCGGUUUCGGAGGAGAGCAGCGUCCUGACGACCGACAGCGACCUGUCCCUGGACGUGUCGUUCUUGGAUCUUUUGGUGGGUUCGGAUCCGGCUCCGGGUCCCAGCGAGCCCGAUUUCGGGAUGUUCCCGGGCAUCGAGGAGUUUCCCGACAAUUUCUACGGGUCGCAAUUCCCGAGCGUGGGGACUGGGGAACUGAACCUUGACGAGUUCUUGGCUCAAGAUAACUUCCUAUGGAGCUUCUGAAGUGGACUGAGGGAAAAGGCCUGAUGGGUCAAGAUAGAGGAUUUAUUUAAAUUUGCCAUAAGAUUUUUUUCUUUUUCAUUCUUUGGAUGGACCAGAUUUUGUACGGUCAUCGCUUUAGGAUGAUACAGACAACAACGACAACAAAAAUUUGACUUCUAGGUUGUAAAAAGACGUAGCUUUUGUCGAUUCGGUUCGUCCCUUCAAUGGAUUUCAACUGAAAGCGGAAAA